AAAUACAGGACGACAGCGCCCGCGCCCCGCCAUUACUGAGGGCUUUGGCGAGGGACAGACAUGGAGGAAGUGGAGAGAGGAGAGGAAGGCGCGGCCAUGGAAGCGGAGGAGUACCGGGUGUGGAAGAAGAACACCCCUUUUCUCUACGAUCUCGUCAUCUCCCAUGCCCUUGAAUGGCCCUCUCUCACCGUCCAGUGGCUCCCUUCGUCCUCCUCCUCAAGCGGCGGCGGCGGAGCCAGCCAUCACCUCCUCCUUGGCACCCACACCUCAGACGAGGCCCCCAACUUUCUCAUGGUCGUCGAUGUCCGGUUCCCGCUCCCUCCCCCGCCUCCCUCUGACGCCCCGAUCCCCAAGGUCGAGAUCUCGCAGACCAUUCCCCACCAGGGGGAGGUCAAUCGCGCCCGCUUCAUGCCUCAGGGACCCUCGAUCGUGGCCACCAAGACGUGUGGCGCAGAGGUAAAUGUGUUUGACUGCAGCCGGCGGCCGACGAGGCCAACGGAGGGGGGGGAGAUCGAGCCGGACGUCGUGCUCAGAGGCCAUGCCACUGAAGGGUACGGAGUGUCGUGGAGUCCCCUCAAGGAGGGCUAUCUUUUGAGCGGAUCGUACGAUUCCAAGAUUUGUCUGUGGGAUGUGGGAAUGCCGCCGAGGGAGAAGGUUCUUGAUGCAAAGCAUGUGUUUGAGGCUCAUACCGCUGCAGUUGAGGAUGUUGCCUGGCACCCGAAGAAUGAAAAUCUGUUUGGAUCUGUUGGAGAUGAUCAUCUUUUGAUGAUAUGGGAUCUGCGUUCAUCUGCAUCAAAGAAGCCACAACAAACGGUCACAGCUCACCAGGAUGAGGUCAAUUCACUGUCGUUCAAUCCAUUCAAUGAGUGGAUUUUGGCUACAGCAUCUGCAGACACAACCAUUAAACUAUUUGAUCUGCGAAAGCUGACAACAAGUUUGCAUACAUUCUCCAGUCACACGGGAGCAGUGCUUCAAGUGGAUUGGAGCCCAAGACAAGAAACUGUUUUAGCUUCCUCUGCUGCCGACAAAAGGCUGAUGAUUUGGGACCUUUGCAGGAUUGGAGAUGAACAGACAGUUGAAGAUGCUGAUGAUGGACCACCAGAGCUUCUCUUCGUUCAUGGAGGUCACACUUCCAAGAUAUCAGAAUUUUCAUGGAACCCUGCAAUGCCAUGGGUCAUUGCCAGUGUGGCAGAGGAUAAUAUCCUUCAAGUCUGGCAGAUGGCUGAGAGCAUUUAUCGAGAUGAUUGUGACACACAAAAUGACAAUGAUUAUUAGUCAAUAUGCCACUGUAGCUGACUCACGAAUAUUUUCCUUGUCUGAAGGUCUGAAUAUAGGAAAAUGGAUUACUUGCUUUUGUUGA